ACCUCUUUCUGCAUCCGCCACUUGUCGACCCUUCCCCAGUACGAGAGAACUUGCACUCACCAUUUCUCUUCAACCAAGCUUCUGCCAUCUUUGUUGCCCCGUCUACCACACCUCUCCAGAUUCAUUACGCCACAUGGCUUUCACUCGAUCCACUCCGUUGGCCCACCUUGAUACCUACAUGGCUAAGCAUGUCGAUCCUCCCACCUGGGAGCGGACUGACACGAGCUCCGUCAGCGAGACCGCCGUGUCUCAAGAGUGUUCGUCCGAGGCCGAACACCCCACGCCCUACUGUAGGGCAUAUAUUCCCAAUCAGACAUCACGAUGGGCGUUCGCCCAGAAGCCCAUCCGACGCUCUGCAGUGAAUGAGGUGUGCCAAUGGCCACCACCUCCCUCCCCCUCCCCCUCCUUCUGCUUCGACCCCUUUGGGGACAGCAAGGGACCAGCCGUCACGCCUACCCACUUCGCGCCCGCUCCUGUUCCCAGCAGCGUCUACGUCCCCGGCAAGGCAUCCCUGGCCUUGUACAACCCUGCCGACACUGUCUACGUCCCCCCUCCCCAUCAGCCCCGCCGGUCCAUCGAUGCCACGUACGUCGGCAUGAAUAAUAAAGAUAUACCUGUGGACCAACCGGUCGCCUGCCCGAAUCUGGCGGUGCAACCGCAGACGCAACGAAGAGAGCCUACAUCAGCACAGAGGCAGACACCUCCAUGCGAUCUAGCUCACUCCGCAACGCCUGCGGUGUCGCGGCCAACUACAGCAAUGACCUCGUCGCUCUAUGAGGAUGAGGAUGGGGAGGACGAUUUCGUCCUGCGCGCGCUCCAGCUUCCGUGGCUGGAGUUCAACCUCAUCGACGUCGAUGAGUUCACUCCACCGACCACUCCCCCGCUGUCACCCUCAACGCUCGCGGACGACGACGAGGACCUGCCGGUAUUGGAGAAGGCAGAGGAGUUGAGGGGAUGGGAGGAGGCAUCUUCUCUUGCCCGCGAUGCUAUAUACCUGGCAGGCUUCUAGUUUUUUUUUUGUAGAAGAUUUGUACUGCAAGCGAAGGACAUUGUACUCACGUAGUCUCACAUUUCAUUUUCUUGAAUUGGCUCGUCUUGUACUAUAUAGUUCCUUGAAUGGUAAAUGCCUUUGUAUCUGUU